AUGGCAAUCACUACUACCAGUAAUACUCAUGGCGUGUCGCCUUUUACUUAUCCAGCGAUUCGACGUGAUGAAACUCUUGUAGAGAACCUUCAUGGCCAACAAAUCGCAGAUCCAUAUCGCUUCUUAGAGGAUCCAGAUUCGGCUGAAACCAAGGCAUUUGUUGAAAGCCAAAACAAGUGCUUUCAAGACUUUAUUGGAACGUCUGCACUGCACGACAAGUUUGAAAAGAGACUCACGGAAAUGUUCAACUAUGAACGUGUUGGAUGUCCAUUCAAACGUGGAGACUCUUAUUACUACUUCCACAACUCUGGUUUGCAGGCUCAGAGUGUUUUGUACAAACAAGACUCUCUGGAUGGUGAACCUCGUGUGUUUUUCGAUCCCAACACACUCUCUGACGAUGGAACAGUAUCCCUCAACACAUACUCAUUCACCGAAGACGGCAAAUACUUUGCCUAUGGGAUAUCAGCUUCUGGUUCCGACUGGGUAACAAUCCACGUCCGUAAAACCGCCGACGCAACCCCUGAAGACGUUGAACCAAAGCCAACUGAAUGGGCCAAAUUCACAGGAAUUCAAUGGACGCAUGACGAUUUAGGAUACUUUUAUAAUCGAUACCUCCCACCAUCAAAGAUUCCAAAUAAUAAUGAUAAGGGUACUGAGACGGAUACUAACAAGAACCAAUUGUGUAUGUAUCAUAAGCUAGGAACUGAUUCGGAGAAUGAUGUCUUGAUUUACAAGGAUGAGACUGAACCCGAUCACAUGUUCAGCGCUGAAGUCUCUGAUGAUGGCAAAUACCUAAUCAUGUCCACGGUCCAAAGCUGUGAUCCAGAAACCAAGGUCUACGUUGCUGAAAUUGAUCCAAAGGGUAUUGUCGCAGCUCCGACAUGGAAUAAGAUUGUUGAUGAUUUCAAGGCCGAGUUCAGCUACAUCACGAACGACGAAACAGUCUUUUACUUUGUAACAACUCUCAACGCUCCCCGCAAACGAAUCGUGAAAUUUGAUCUCAACAAUCCUGUACUGGGCAUGGUUGAAGUCAUUCCUCAAUCCCAGGACGUACUCCAACAGGCACGAGUCGUUGACCACAACAAGCUUAUAAUCGUAUACCUGCACGAUGUAAAACAUAUCGCACGCCUCUACUCCCUACCAUCUGGUGACCCAUUAUCACCAGCAGAGCUGCCUCUAGCUACAGGAUCAAUAGUAGCAUCAAUGACAUGUCGUAAAGAAGGCACCGACGUAUUUUAUCAAACCACGUCGUACUUGACUCCAGGAAUGAUUACGAGGUUUGAUUCCAAGACUAUGACUUCUUCGGUAUUUAAGACUACCAAGAUUGCUGGAUAUGAUGCUAGUUUGUAUGAGACGAAACAAGUGUGGUAUGAGAGUACUGGUGGUGUUAAGGUUCCCAUGUAUAUUAUUGCUCGAAAAGGGAUAAAGCUGGACGGUAGCAAUCCGACUCUACUCUACGGUCAGUCAUCUGGCGCCAUUCGCUACGGUGGUUUUAAUAUAUCGAUCUUGCCUUCGUUUUCGGUCACUUGGCUGACGUUUAUACAGCAUAUGCAUGGUGUCGUUGCUGUAGCCAACUUACGUGGAGGUGCAGAAUUUGGAGAAGAAUGGUACAAGGACGGGAAACUUGACAAGAAGCAAAACGUAUUCGACGACUUCAUCAACGCCGCCAAAUAUCUCAUCUCCGAAAAGUACACCAACUCUUCCAAACUCACCAUCAACGGUGGAUCAAACGGUGGUUUACUAGUUGGAGCCUGUACAAACCAAGCCCCCGAUAUCUUCGGUUGUAGUAUAGCUGACGUUGGCGUUAUGGACAUGGCCCGCUUCCACAAAUUCACAAUCGGCCACGCAUGGGUAUCAGACUAUGGAAAUCCAGACAAGAAGGAGGAUUUCGAAACUUUGAUUAAAUACUCACCGCUUCAUAAUGUCAAGAAUCAGACAUAUCCUGCUUAUCUAUUAUGCACGUCCGACCACGACGAUCGCGUGGUUCCGUUGCAUUCACACAAGCUGAUAGCAACGUUGCAGCAUGUUGCUGGGCAGACCAAUGUGCAGCCUCUUAUGAUUCGUAUUGAGACUAAGGCUGGGCAUGGUGCUGGAAAGAGCACAAAGCAACGCAUUGAAGAAGCGUCCGACAAGUUCGCAUUCAUGGCUCAAGCAUUGAAGCUUGAAUGGUUUGAAUAG